AGUAUCCUUCCGAGGCUUGCUUGCAUCAGACGCACAAAAUUGAAAGUUAGUUUUAGUGUUUCGAGGUGGUGCGAGUUGUGUUGAUCUUCGCGGCUUAAUAUUUUUGAUAAUAAUAAACAAUUAAUGCGCCUGAUAAUUAAAAUCUGAAGAACGUAGCUCGUACGUUUGACCACAAAAGUGAUUCAAAUCUUAAAAACGUUGAAUGUAAACAGCACUAUUUUGGCGGGAAGUGAAGUGAAAAAUUUAAAUUUCUACAAAUAAUGGCACCGCGGUUCUUUAGGACCACUCCUACUUUGUACAAACAAUGUAUUAAUACUUUCUUAGAUAAUGUGCAACUAAAACUGUUAACCAGUCGGCAGUUAGAAUUUAUGCCAAUAGCACUUGUUACUGAUAUUUUACUCCAUAUGGCCAGAGUGGACCGAUUAAAGGUAUUAGUGUUGGAGCCACUUUCUAAACCCUUUAUUCUGGAUGGCUUACUGCGGCAUGAGAACACAACGAGAAAGCUCCUUAUGUGCAUGGCCUUAUUGGAGGAUAUAAUCCCAGCUUACGUAAAGAAAGUGGUAGAAAAUUUCAUUUUACAUUCGAAAAACCCGGUGGGUCAAUAUCCGGAUCUUAUCGACUUCGGAUUACGGAUUGGUUCUUUUCUUUCUGACGUCGGUUGGAUGUUGGAAAGUAUACAAAUAUUUAACGUUGUGGAGGCGGAAAUUCGUCUACAGGGAAAUAGUGAAUCGGUGACGAUUCAACUCGUAGACUGCCUGCAAAGGCGACUUCAUUGCGAAACACUUAUAUGGGAGUUUAAGGCUGGUAGAGCCACCAUAGCAGAACUUUCGAUAUUGCUUCGUUCAAUAGAUUUUGAGAAUGUGCCAAAAUAUUUAGCUGUAGAAAUAUACACACGUUCGACGGAGUUUCAUUUAGUGCAACACAAAAUCAAAGAAGGCUAUAGAUGCAGUGCCGUUAUUAUGCAAUAUUUAAGCGAAUCAAUGCCGAAAAAGAUCUUGGUGAAUGCAUUACGAGUUACAGCGAAAGCAUGUUUUGCAAUACGGAAAUUCGGUUUGGCUAAUGUAAUGAUACAGCAGGCAAUCGCUAUGGCAGCCACUGUAUUUGGACGUAAUCAUUUAAUAUAUGCUGACGUUUUGUUUGAUUACGCGUACUUCCUACUCCUUUUCGAUAAACCUAGACACGCCAUUAAUAUUUACGAUGAAGUCCGCAAGAUUAGACUCCGAAAACUGUGCAAUCAGAGUUUCCUCAUCAGUUUGACGGACGUAGCAUUCGCUAAUGCGUGCUACGUUCGAAAACAUAGAUCGCUUACACUCAUCCAAAACGCGCUCCGUGUGUUGACAAGGAUGCUGCCAAUAAAAAACUUACUGCUUGCCUCAACCUUGCGUUUACAUUUAUUGAUCAAGCACCAAAUUUCAACCGAUAAAUAUGCAAGGUUUCACAGGAAUUGUUUUUUGGAUUUCGGCAAGCUGGUGAAAAUACAAACUGAGACCGUGAACAUAUGUCUGGAUGUCCACGACGACAAGAACUUAUUCACAGCAAAAAAUUAUUUCGAAUUGGCGCGUAUUUAUCAAGCAGGAAAAAAUUAUCAGCAUGGCAAGCGUUACAUUGCCAUGUGUAUAUUGGUUACAAAAAAAGGCAUGGGCUCUUCUAAGAAGGAAAUCGACGAUUUGCGUAUUUUGGAAGGCUAUUUAAAGAAAACCAACGAAGAACGGGAUAUUAUCCAAAAGGUUAAAUUGGAACCGUGGCUGCUAAACAGAAUUGAAACAUUUGACCCUGCACAUGAAGUAAAGAAACCAUUAUCCGCACGCUUUCACGGUGGCUUAACCCGUUUGUAUCCGCCACAUAAAAAAUUCCAGAAAUUUUUGAUAAAUUUAGCAACUACAUAUAAUUCGAAGACCGAAAAUUCCCAACAAAACGUUGAUUUUUGGUGCAUAACGCUUCUUCAACUUAUGUAUUUUAAUGGCAUGACAGAGAUUCAGCUAUGUAAAUUGCAAUCGGAACCGUCGUUGGACAUAGAAUCGGAUAACGAAACGGAAGUACAAUCGACUGAUUCAGAUUUUUCACCAGAGAAUUUUAAUUCUCCUGGCAGCAUCGCCAAUUAAAGAGUACGCAAGAUUCUCGUGAGAAACUCGCACAAGUUUUGGUUCUUCGAGCGGAGGAGAAAAUAAAAAUGCCGACGAUGUUACUUCUGUGACAUUAUAUUUUAUUCUCUCAGUUUUUUUCAAAUUAUUUUCUGCUUAUAUAAAUUUAUAAGUACAUAGACAUAUAGGUCAAAAUAAUAAGUACAUUCCUUUAGGCUGCAGUAAUUGAAUAGCAACUGUCCGUUUGUCUUCGGUUGAGUCAGCGUCGCAUCCUAGUUUCGUCAAGUUUUAAUUGCGUGCGUUAAGUAUGUAGGACUGCAUUUUAGCGUAAUUAUAAUGUUAAUAUGUCACUCCUACAUAUGUAUGUAUAAACAUGUUACAAGAAAAUCGACUUUGAACCUAAAUAUAAGAUUGUGGAAUAUUUCCAAACGCACUUUGUUUUGAUCUGUACGCUGAGGGUUCACGUUUCACCUAGCGCUUUGUAUAUCGUUACUUUUUUUACGUUUUGCUCGUAUAAACGUAGACGUUCUUUGUCCAGUUUUCGAACAACUAUCCGAACUAUGAUGGCUUGUUCGUAAUUUAAAUUCAAAUUUAGUCCUUUUAAAGCAUAAAUGCAUUCUUUUGUGGUAUCCAACAGCUGCUUCAUGCUGCACUUUCUCCAUUUGUUGUCGGUUGACAACUACAUACUUGUCUACUUGUGCUGUAAAUUGUAGUUCUAUUUUCAUAUCUUUCCAAAAACUUUUUCAUUUUAUAAGCUGACUUAUAUGUCAGCUGCGGUAGUUCUACUAGCCUCUCGAGAUUAUUAUUAAACUGUUUGCGUGAGUUAUCAUACAUGUGAGUCAGUAACUCUCAAGCUGCCGAGGGAAAGAAAGUAGAGUCAAAUAGUACAUAUAAUGACUAUAAAUGGUGUUCAAAUAUCAUUGAACAUGCUUAUUUAUCAGCAAAGCCGAAAUUCUACUAAAUAUAAAUAUCUAUUUAUACAUAUAUUAAUAUACUUACAUACAUACAUUGUAUAUACAUAAUGCAUUUACAUGCAAUGCACAUGUUCAAAAUUGAACAUGUUCGUUGCUGCCAAGGACGGACAACAACAUUAUAUUUACAAAUUUUUAUAUUCUUUAAAUAAGAUAAGAAAUAUUCUAGCUAUUAAUAAUACAGUCCACUAAUAUUAGAUAUCUAUGUUCAAAUAUAUUGAACAUACAUACAUACACAUAUACAUAAACAGACACAUACUUAAAAUGCAUUGUCAUGCAAAACAAUAGCAUUCAACAAACAAUAACACUAAUAUUACUAAGGAUAAGAUGUUUGCAUAUGAUGGCCAAGACUUCCUUAUUCAUGAGGGAAGUUGAAAACCUCAGAAGAAAAAUGGAAAAUCUAAGCAUGGAAUUAAUGCAUCGUAUUUGAACUGCUUCAAUUUGCUGAUCAAAUUCGACUAGAGGUUUAUCUUUUACAAUGCUUAUCUUUAAUGCAUUGAUUGCCUCUUCGAUUUUAAUCAUCGUGUUAUUGCAUACGUUCUUCUUGAAGUAAUCUUCUUCUCCUAUACCAUCUGCCAUUAGCUUUUCGUGGUUGGUAUCUGUUUUCUUCAAUUUUUGUUUUCUUUAAUGCCUUUCCUGUAAUAGUGUUGGUUGUGUACAACACUUUUUCGGCUAAAUCUGACUGGGCAUCCAGAAUUUUUUUUCUGUUUAUACCCAUUUCGAGAAUUUUUUCGCAGUACUUCUCCUGUUUAUUGAUGAACUGCUUGUUUUUCUCCAAAGAAAUCGUUGGAGGUAUUUGAUUUGGUCGCCUAGUUGACCUUGCUGUGCCUCGACUCACAGCCGCUGAAUAUCUCUUGGAUAGCAGUUAGAUCACUGCGUUUAGUCUCUGCUAAAACGGCUUAUGCGAUCGGUUUUAAUGCGGGAAUAUACACCCGUCUUAGAAUUUUUUAUUUUUAUUUAGUCAAUAUGCGGGAAUAUACAUCCGUCUUACAAUUUAAUUUUGCCUGUAUUUUUUAUAAUAUCAGAGCUUUUUUAAAUUUGGCUGAGCUCUUUUUUUAGGCUCGAUAGGACCAAAUGUUAAUACCUCAAUAUAGCUUCUAACAAUCCUUACCGCUGGUGGGGGGAAUUGAAAGUCUUACAUUGAGGGAGAAUCUAUUCAUUAAUAUCUUUCUCCAUGCAGCUCCAUAAAAUCUUGAGACGGUUUUCGUAAAAUUCGAAGUCAAUUUCGUCUCUUAUUUUUAGUUUUGCUUCUGCAAUUGUGGAUCGAAUUCUUUCCGAUCUUCUUUCAAUUGCCUGCUCUAUAAAGUCUAUCCUUGUAUCUGUUGUUAGUUCCAUUUUGAACUCCUGAACUCGCUUCGUAUAAUCUUCAGCUCUUUUUUCUUCUGUUAUGAAAAUUAUUUGUUUAGUUAAUGUAUACACUAUUUCAUAUACUUGCUGUUCUAAGUCUUCCACUUCCGUUUUAUACUUCGUUAAGUACGGUAUUCCACAUAGUUCUUCAUAAUCCUUUUCUAAUAACCUCCACCUAUUCCUAAUGUGGGUGUCACAAGUCUUUAGCACAUUUUCAUUGGUGCUAAAUAAAUUCAUUUUUCCUUCAUCGAUGUAAUAUCGAAGACUGUGUGCUCUAUUUUGUAUUCUCUGCACUAGAGAUUUAGUCUUUUGGUCUUUUACUUUAGACAUGUCCGCAGUGUUCGACAUUUCAACUAUUUUUUUUUAAUGAAAUGGUAACAUUGACCUAGUCUUCCGUUGCAUUCUCCUCCCCGUGAACGCGAUGAUGUGGUGCAGCUGUUCAAUCUCUAAAUAUUUGUUGUGCAGCUGCUGAGCCAUUGUGUUCACUUUAUACUCUUCAAAUAUAGUUGAGUCUUUUAAAUAUUUCUGCGAAUUUGAAAUUUGUUGCUUUUCAACCGUGUAUUGAACAAGAUCGAUGUGGACAAUUAUAUCCCACGCUGUCCUAUUCAACCCAACAGGCCCUCUUUUUUUCCAAAAAUACUCCAGAACUAUUUUUAAAAUAACUUACAUUUAAGUAUUUUACGGAUGAUUAAACUAUAAGUAAGCUUAAUAAUGUUAAAAUUAAGUUUUUACUUUUUAUAUGAGUCGACCGCUUUGGUGUAUUACCACUUAUCUCAAUCGGAUCUUCUCUUAUUUUUUCUUCGAUAGGAAAAGGGCAAACAAUGUGCAUCGCCCUUUACGAUGUGCCUUUGCUUAUUCUUACGUCUACAUUUGCAAUCUUGGCUUAAAAUGACGUUUUCAAUUCGUCCUCUCUUCCACUCCAAUGGUGGAAUAUUUCGUUCCUUAAAAAGCACCAAUGUUCCAGUCUGCUACUAUCUGCAGAGAAUUUUAAAUUAUUACGAAAGUAUUUCCCGUACUGUGUUCUUUUUUAGUUUUAUUAAGAUAUUUAUUUUCAAGGGAUUUUAUUUUCCAAAACUGUUUUAGUUGAUUAUCUCGAUUUUUAUUUAAAUAUGUUACAAUACCACAGUGAGCUAAUUGGAACUUAUGUUAGUUGAUCCGUAUAUCAAUCACCCAAAUACACUGUUCUGCUUAAUUAACGUUUUCAAUAGAUAUUUUCUCUUUUUUUU